AUGUCUACAUUAUCUAGAAAUUUGUCACGGGCCUUAGCACCAAAAGUUGCACGAAAUCAAGAAUCUUCGGUUCAUGCAGAGCUGAGAAGACAGCAACAGCAAGCAAGGCGACAAAGUGAUUUGAGAGCUGCUGAAACACCUCUUCAGACCCAACGUCGUUUAGAACAUGCUCAGCAGCGGGUUGCUAGAAGAGCGAUAGAAACGCCAGAACAAAUACUCAAGAACUCAAGAACUCAAGAACUCAAGAACUCAAGAACUCAAGAACUCAAGAACUCAAGAACUCAAGAACUCAAGAACUCAAGAACUCAAGAACUCAAGAACUCAAGAACUCAAGAACUCAAGAACUCAAGAACUCAAGAACUCAAGAACUCAAGAACUCAAGAACUCAAGAACUCAAGAACUCAAGAACUCAAGAACUCAAGAACUCAAGAACUCAAGAACUCAAGAACUCAAGAACUCAAGAACUCAAGAACUCAAGAACUCAAGAACUCAAGAACUCAAGAACUCAAGAACUCAAGAACUCAAGAACUCAAGAACUCAAGAACUCAAGAACUCAAGAACUCAAGAACUCAAGAACUCAAGAACUCAAGAAAUCAAGAACUCAAGAACUCAAGAACUCAAGAACUCAAGAACUCAAGAACUCAAGAACUCAAGAACGGUUCUGUUGGCAAACCUCAGAGAUCAACAAGUAGAUAA